CCGGCCGGGCAAAUUAAAUUGAACAUGGCGAUCUGCCAUGCCAGCUGGGUGCUGACGGUCGUCGUCGUCGUCGUCGUCGUAGCGGGAGCUGCUCCUCACCACCUGCUGGUGCGCGGCGCGAGCGACGACGACGGCGGCCCGUCGUCGCCGUCGGCUCUUGCCGGCUGCGACCUGUUCCGGGGGAGGUGGGUGGCGGACAAGUCGUACCCGCUGUACGACGCCUCCACCUGCCCGUUCGUGCCGGACGUCUUCGACUGCCGCCGCAACGGCCGCCCCGACGACGCCUACCUCAAGUUCCGGUGGAGCCCCGCCAACUGCCGGCUGCCCAGGUUUGACGGCGCCGAUUUCCUGAGGAGGUGGCGCGGGAAGACGGUGAUGUUCGUGGGGGACUCGCUGAGCAUGAACCAGUGGGUGUCGCUCGCCUGCAUGCUCCACGCCGCCGCCGCCGCUCCCGUCCGCGCCACCUUCACCAGCGGCGAGCCCGUCUCGUCCGUGCGCUUCGAGGACUACGACCUGUCCCUGGUGCUGUACCACACGACGUUCCUGGUGGACGUCGUGCAGGAGGACAUCGGCCGGGUGCUCAAGCUGGACUCCAUGCAGAACGCCAGCGAGUGGCUCGCCGCGCACCUGCUCGUCUUCAACACAUGGCACUGGUGGACAUACAGGGGCGCCAGCCAAGUGUGGGACUACGUGCAGGACGGGAAUAGCACGUACCGGGACAUGGACCGGCUGACGGCCUUCUCCAAGGCGCUCUCCACAUGGGCGCGCUGGGUCGACGCCGACGUCGACGCCUCCAAAACCAGGGUCUUCUACCAGGGCAUCUCCCCAAGCCACUACGACAUGUCGAAGCAGCAGCAGGAGAGCCAAGCAGCAGGGAUGGCACCGGGGCUCGUCGGAGGAGGAGGCAGCUGCCUGAAGCAGACGCGGCCGCUGCAGGAAGCCACGGACGCCGCCGGCGGCGGGGGGACGACGACGAGCCUGCUGGCCCCGGUGCAGGCCGUGGUGCGGGGCGUCAUCGACGCCAUGACGGCGCCGGUGUCGCUGCUGGACAUCACGGCGAUGUCGCAGCUCAGGAUCGACGCGCACCCGUCCGUGUACGGCGGGCCGGGGCGGGAUGGCAUGGACUGCACGCACUGGUGCAUCGCCGGACUCCCGGACGCCUGGAACCACAUCAUGUACGCCAUGCUCCUGCAGCAGACAUAGAUGGAUGAUGAUGAACCAAUAAUUAUUCUUUCGAAAAAAAUGAACCAACAAACCUCCUCUGUGCUUUAUUCUUCUCAAUUUUCUAGCUGUGACGCCGUUUGACGCACGGUGAAUUUUUUUUAAUUUAUUUGUGAGCCUCUAAUUAGGCAUUUAUUUAGGUGUUGCUAGCCUUCAUGGAAGAUCAUUGCGUGUUUAGCUUCUCUAUCUACCUAGAUUUACUGAAAUGUGACCUCACACGUAGUGCAAGAUGGAGUGUGAAUGAUAGGUUUAAUGUAUGGACUGCUCAUUUUUCAGAAUUAUUGCAAUUGCACCGCUAUAUCAUU